UUUUUAUUUGGUGCUCUAUUAGCUUGGAUAAGCCGUUUAAGUUGGACACAUAUUAAAACAAUUGGUAUUGAAGCUGGAAUACAGAAUACUGGUGUAGCAUUUAUGAUUAUAUUUUAUUCAUUUCCACAACCAUAUGCCUCACAAGCAGCAGUUGUACCAAUGAUUGUUGCAUUUUUAACAACAAAACCAUUUUGGAUUAUAUUAAUAAUACGAAAUCAAAUAAGAAAAUAUAAGAAACGAAAAGAAUUAACAAAAACAUCUAAUGUAGAUGGUGAAUUAACUAUUAGUUAUCAUAGAUCAUCAUUAAAUACUGAAGAAAAUAUUAAAACAGACAAUGUUGUUGAAAAUAUGCAAAAACUAUAA